UAUUGUGCUCGCACGCCCGCCCGCCAGCCCGCCCGCACGCCCACACGCACGCACGUAUUCGAGCCGCCUUCGCGCCAAGCUCGUCCGUGUGACUUGACUUGGACCCGAGUCCGUGCGUGCCAUUUCGCUCGCUUAGCUGCCAUCUGGCGAUUGGACCAUUGGACCACCGCCCGAUACGACUUCUUAUCGGCUUUCCAGUGCGACUUUUUUUUCUUUCUUCAAGCUGCACGCACCUGCCUAGUAGCACCGCAUAGCUGCUGCUACACAGCUCCUUCUCUCCACCUCCACCACCACCACCACCACGAACCCCGCCAUGCCACGGCACACACGCCUGCCAUAAACCUGUACCAGUUCCCCGUCCACGCGCGUACACCCGCAAUACACAAGCCUCUGCUUCCUUCCCAUCUCCCGCCGCCCGCCAUGGCGCCUUCCAAAACCGACCAGCAAUGGUCCGUCGAUUUCGAGAAUGCGCGCAAGCACCACCUCUUCUCCAACCCGCCCAAAGACCGAACAGCCUAUCCCGAGCUGUUGGAAUUGGUUGAACCACACAUAGCUUCUUUCAACGCCAUCUUCAAAGAUGGCGGCCAGCUCGAGGAAGCCAUCAAGGAUAUCGGCGAGAAGUCAUUUUCUGAUCGCCAUGGAAAUCGAUUGUCUCUUCGCAUAGAAAAGAUCUUCUAUGACAAGUCCAUGCUGCCCCCAACCAACAAGGUCGUUCUCAAACCCGAAAACCGCAAGGUCCUGCCUGCCGAAGCGCGCGAGCGACACUCGACCUAUCGCGGAAAAAUGUCUGCCAGGCUAAAUUUCAAGGUCAACAACGGUGAUUGGCAAUCGCUGGACCGCGAUCUCGGCUAUGUGCCCAUCAUGUUGAGGUCCAGUCGCUGCCAUCUUGAAUCCUCGACCCCUGCACAGCUCGUCAACUACAAGGAGGAGUCGGAGGAAUUCGGCGGAUACUUCAUCGUCAACGGUAUCGAGAAGAUCAUUCGUAUGCUCCAGGUUCAGCGUCGCAAUUACCCGAUGUCGAUCAGGAGAAUGGCCUUUAAGAACCGAGGACCUGGCUAUUCGGAAUUUGCCGUACUCGUACGCUCUGUGAGACCCGAUCAGUCCUCUCAGACUAAUGCGCUGCACUAUCUCAAUGAUGGUAACGUCAACUUCCGGUUUUCCUGGAGGAAGGCUGAAUACCUGGUUCCCACCAUGAUGAUUCUAAACGCCCUUGUCGAAACCAAUGAUAGAGAGGUGUUCCAAGCAAUUGUCGGUACAGCCCAGUCAGAGGGACUGGGUCAGAGGCAAUUUGUCAUUGAUCGUGUUGAGUUACUGCUACGUGCCUACAAAGUCUACGGCCUGCACUCGCGAGCCAUGACCAGGGCUUAUCUUGGUUCCAAAUUCCGGAGUGUUUUGCAGCUCGACGAGCUUACGAGCGACGAAGACGCUGGAACCUAUUUCUUGAGAAAGAUCGUAUUGCCACACCUGGGAGCCGACAAUGACAAAUAUCGAAUGUUACUCUUCAUGAUAAGAAAACUGUACUCUCUUGUGGAGGGUGAGUCUUGCGAGGACAACCCAGACACGUUGCAACACCAAGAGGCUCUGCUUGGAGGCCAAUUGUACGGAAUGAUCAUCAAGGAAAAGCUGGAAGAAUGGUUGAACUCGCUGCGAUAUCCCCUGAACGAGUGGGGGCGGAAGCAAGAUUGGAAGCCAUUCACCUCCCAGCAGUUCCAGACAGACUUCGUCCCAAAGAUCCUUGCGAGAGCGCAGGGAGAAGACCUCGGAAAAGCCAUGUCUUACUUCCUCUCGACAGGCAACCUCGUUAGUCCCACUGGGCUAGACCUCCAACAGACUGCUGGGUUUUGCGUCGUCGCGGAAAAAUUGAACUUCUUCAGAUUCAUUAGUCACUUCCGCAUGAUACAUCGAGGUGCUUUCUUCGCACAACUGAAGACCACGACUGUCAGAAAGCUGACAGGCCACUCCUGGGGUUAUCUCUGUCCUUCUCACACCCCUGACGGAGCGCCCUGCGGACUUCUUUCCCAUUUGGCUCAUAAAUGCAAAAUAGCAACCCAAUCUGUCGACGUCUCGGCCGUUCCUAAGCUGGUUGCUGGAUUAGGUGUAUCAGAUCAAGUUUCUGCGCUAUUGGAGAACAGCAUGGUUGUGCAACUGGACGGCCGAGUUCUAGGUUAUUGUUCCAAAAAACAAUCUAAGGUUAUAUCUGAUACACUUCGAUAUUGGAAGGUGGAAGGCGGUCACGGCGUACCAGUCGAAAUGGAGAUCGGCUAUGUUCCCCACUCGAACGGUGGACAAUACCCCGGUGUAUACCUGUUCUCUCAGCCGUCUCGGUUUUUCCGCCCUGUCAAAUACCUCCCUCUGGAUCAGCUGGAUUACGUCGGCCCAUUCGAACAGCCUUACAUGUCGAUAGCUGUGACGGAUCCCGAGAUCGUGUCCGGUGACAGCACACAUGUCGAAUACGACGCCAGGGCUAUGCUGAGUGUAGUUGCCAAUCAAACACCAUUUAGCGACCAGAAUCAGAGUCCGCGUAAUAUGUACCAGUGUCAAAUGGGUAAACAGACAAUGGGUACACCCGGGACGAAUUUGAAUUAUAGGACCGACAAUAAAUCGUACCGUAUCCAAACAGGGCAGUCGCCUAUAGUUCGCAGCUCUAGUUAUGGAUCAUACGGACUCGACAAUUUUCCACAGGGCGCCAAUGCAGUGGUUGCAGUUAUCAGUUACACGGGAUAUGACAUGGACGACGCUAUGAUAAUCAACAAAAGUGCAUUAGAGAGAUCCUUUGGCUAUGGUUCCAUCUACAAGACCAAGGUCUGCGAUCUCGAGGAAGGCAAGGCUGGACGUGGAAAGAAGAACAUACAGAAGUUGUUCGGAUUCUCCCCUAUCGGGACCGUUACAGCGGCUAUGAGGGAGAAACUUGACGAGGACGGCCUGCCGCGCGUUGGUACGAUGCUGCAGAAUGGCGAUUAUAUCGCUGCUUGGCAUACUGUCUCGUACGAUAAUGCUACUGGCGAGUUCGACAACAAGGAUGGAAACACGCAAUUUUUCAAAUACAAAGACGAUGAGCUUGCCUUCGUUGAAGAGGUUCGCGUUAUUGGUAGUGAAACCGGGACAGAUCCUUUGCAAAAAAUCUCGAUCAAAUUACGUAUACCUCGAACUCCAGUCAUCGGUGACAAAUUCUCCUCCCGCCACGGGCAAAAGGGUGUCUUGUCGCAGAAAUGGCCGGCAACCGACUUACCUUUCUCCGAGUCUGGCCUCCAGCCUGAUGUCAUCAUCAAUCCACAUGCGUUCCCGUCCCGUAUGACCAUAGGCAUGUUCGUCGAAUCGAUGGCCGGCAAAUCUGGAGCCCUCUCAGGACAAGCUGUGGACGGAAGCCCUUGGCAAUUCGAUGAGAAGAACACAGCGAUCGAUCAUUUCGGCGAACAGCUCCGAAAACAAGGCUAUAAUUAUCAUGGAAAUGAGCCAAUGUACAGCGGCAUUACUGGCCAAGAACUCAGCGCCGACAUCUACAUAGGAGUGGUGUACUACCAGCGUCUGAGGCACAUGGUCAACGACAAGUACCAGGUUCGGACAACUGGACCCAUUAAUUCUCUUACAGGACAACCUAUUAAAGGACGUAAGAAGGGAGGGGGUAUCCGGGUCGGCGAAAUGGAGCGGGACGCCCUCCUCGCCCACGGCACCGCGUAUCUUCUCCAGGACAGACUCUUCAAUUGCUCCGACUACACAAAAACCACCUUGUGCCGCGGCUGUGGCUCUUUUCUCUCCACCACUCCGACUAUCAGCGAGUUCACACGCAAGAAGAGGGGGGCAUUGACGGUGAGGUGCAGACGCUGUGCUAAGCUUGCAGAUAAUGCUGCACCUAAAAGCGAAGUCUGGUCGGAUGGUCAGGGCAUCAGGUACCACGGAGGUGAUAACAUUGCUGUGGUCGCGGUUCCGGGUGUCCUGAAAUACCUCGAUGUAGAACUGGCCUCCAUGAACGUUCGCCUUAGAUACAACGUCGACCGCUGA